AUGUCCCUGGCGGUUCGUCCUCCAGUAUGUUUGCUCUGCCGGAGUGGGGCCCCUACUCUCCUCCCUUCGAGCGUAUCGCAGGUCGCGCGCUCUAUGGCCACAGCUCGACUCCGUCGGAAAGUCGCUCGCAUGGCCUUGUCCCCGGAUGUCGCCAAAUCAUCGAUCAACCAGAAACGCUCGGGCAAAGCUAAGUUCGGACCAUGGUCAGGAAUGAACCAGACCGAAGCUCACAUUCGAGGUGAGCCAAGGUCACGGUCUCAAGCGGCCUUGAGACGCUCGGGAGAGAAGGCAGCGGAUACACCUCGGAAAAGCGACAGCCCCUUGUACAAAGCUCUAAAGAUGCAGACCACACUUGCUCCUGUCCCUUAUGGCCGUAGGACUGCGGUCAAGUCUAAGAUUGCCGACAUUACCAGCUUUGAUCACUUUCCGCUCCUACCUGUUGUUCGCCACUCAAUCUUCUCUCAAGCUCUUCCCGGUCUGGUCGAUGUCACCCCCACUCCUAUUCAACGUCUCGCAAUUCCCAAGCUCAUGGAAGAUUCACCGGAUGGAAAGCGAGGAACUAAACUUGAGGAUGGAGAUCCUCAGUACGAUCAGUACCUUCUGGCAGCCGAGACGGGCUCUGGAAAGACAUUGGCAUACUUGCUCCCUUUGGUUGACGCUGUUAAGCGGCUAGAAGUUGAGGAUAAGGAGAACGAGAGGAAAGAGGAGGAGCGAAAGGCAAAAGAGAAAGAGGAGAGGCUGAAAAACCGGGCUUUUGAUCUUGAGCCUGAGGAGCCGCCACUGUCCAAUGCCGGAAGACCGAGAGUGAUUAUUCUGGUGCCAACGUCAGAGUUGGUUGCACAAGUAGGUGUCAAGGUUAAGGCGCUUGCUCACACAGUUAAAUAUCGAUCUGGGAUGAUUUCGUCCAACUUGACUCCUCGCCGGAUUAAGAGUACCCUGUUUAACCCGGACGGUAUUGACAUCCUCGUUUCUACUCCUCAUUUGCUUGCAUCGAUCGCCAAAACGGAACCUUACGUGCUGAGCCGGGUCAGCCACUUGGUUCUCGAUGAGGCCGACUCGCUUAUGGACCGAUCUUUCCUGCCAACAACUACCGAAAUUAUCAGUAAGGUAGCACCGUCGCUCCGCAAGCUUAUUCUGUGCUCGGCUACGAUUCCCCGAAGUCUCGAUAAUUUGCUACGCAAGCGCUACCCAGACAUCAAAAGACUUACUACACCCAACCUGCAUGCAAUCCCACGUCGAGUACAACUAGGAGUGGUGGACAUCCAGAAAGAGCCCUACCGAGGAAAUCGAAACUUGGCCUGCGCUGACGUGAUCUGGUCGAUUGGGAAAGCUGGCGAUUCGGAGCCCUCGGAGCCGUUUGCUUCUUAUGUUGGACCGAAUAUCAAGAAGAUCCUUGUGUUCGUCAAUGAGCGCGAGGAAGCCGAUGAAGUGGCCCAAUUUUUAAGGUCAAAGGGAAUUGACGCCCAGUCGCUUUCUCGGGACUCCAGCGCCCGGAAGCAAGAAGAGAUCCUCGCCGAGUUUACCGAGUCGGCACCUCCGCCCAGCCCAGAAGAAAUCAUGUUAGCCCAGAAAAAGAGGCGUCAAGAGGAUGCCAUUCCCUUUGAACUGCCCGAGAACCACAACAAACCCGAGAAUGUUCGCCGAUUGGCUAACACCAAGGUGCUCGUUACCACCGAUUUAGCAUCCCGAGGCAUUGACACCCUCCCCGUUAAGACUGUCAUUCUAUACCACGUCCCGCACACGACGAUCGAUUUCAUCCACCGUCUGGGACGUCUCGGUCGGAUGAACAAGCGUGGUCGCGGUAUCGUGCUGGUUGGAAAGAAGGACCGUAAGGAUGUUGUGAAGGAAGUCCGUGAAGGUAUGUUUAGAGGACAAGCAUUGAUCUGA